AUGGCAGACGCCCAGAAGCAGCUUCAGGCUCUCAGUGAAGAGUAUCAGAAGCUUCAGACCGAGCUCGAAGAAGCUAUCGCAGCUCGAGAAAAGCUUGAAGCCCAGCAGCAGGAGAAUACGAGUGUACAGAAGGAGUUCAAAACGCUCGACGAUGAUGCAAACAUAUAUAAACUCGUUGGACCAGUGCUUUUGAAGCAGGAUAAGACAGAGGCCGUUAUGGCUGUCGAAGGCCGCCUGGAUUUUAUAGAGAAGGAAAUCAAACGAAUCGAGAAGCAGAUCACCGAGAUACAGGAGAAGAGUGACAAUAAGAGGGGAGAGAUCAUUCAGCUACAGUCGCAAUUGCAGCAACCACAGCCCGGUGGAGCUCCCGUAGCCGCUCGAGAAUAA